UCGACAAGCUUAAAAGGCACAAUGCGAUCUCAUGAACACCGUCUUAUUGGGGCAGCCAAGAAUAUCCCCGUCAAGCCUCAGACCCCUAUCUUUUCUUUUAGCCCCAUUGUUCUGCCUUUGUCCGAUCGACCCCUUGACUUGGACUUGAAGGUCACAGCCCCUUCAACUGGAGAUGCUCUUCCAAUUAUUCUUCUUUCACAUGGCCAAGGCCUCAGCAACAACCUCAACUCACUAGAGGGGUACACUCCCCUUGCCGAAUUCUGGGCUGCGCACGGAUUCGUCGUGAUCCAGCCUACGCACUUGUCCUCCCUGUCAAUCACCGUCGAUGCGCCCCCAAAAGGCAACGAGUACUAUUGGAAGGACCGCGCUCAGGACCUGAUUAGGAUUCUUGACAACAUUGAUACCGUCGAGGCGACUGUCCCCGGACUUAAGGGGCGAUUGGACAAGACCAAGGUCGCUGUCGCGGGACAUUCUCUAGGCGCGUGCACGGCGAGCUUAGUUUUGGGAGCUAAGAAUAUCGACCCGCGCGACGGAAAAGCAUUCGAGAAGUAUGACAAGCGCAUCAAGGCCGGCGUGCUACUUGCCGGCGCCGGGAACGGUGGCUCAGACCUUUCGGAUAAUGGACGCAUCAUGGUUCCCUUUCACGCACCUGACUUCAGCGUCAUGAGAAUGCCAGCCCUUAUUGUGUGCGGCGACCAAGAUGUGAGUCCGUACUUGACAACUCGAGGAGCCGAUUGGCACGCAGAUUCCUAUCGUCUCUCUCCCGGUCCUAAAGAUUUGCUCUGGAUAAAAGGAGGGAAGCAUGGGCUUGGGGGCAUAAGUGGCUGGGACGCAGCAGAGACGCAGGACGAGAGUCCCCAACUACUGGCAACAGUUCAGCGGAUGACAUUGGCGUAUCUGAGAAGCGCUCUUUACGGGGAUAAGUCUUGGGAUGAGGCCCGUGACGCAUUGAAACACCUCGGUGAGCUGGGCACCGUCGAGAGUAAGCAAUAAGCAUUCAGCACAGAUUUAGGCGUUCUAUUUUGGCUAUUGACAAGGCGGUUCUAAG